UGCAUAGCAGGACUUAAAUAGGGAGGGUUCUGGGGAAUGAGGUUAUACUGCCCAGUUGACUGACUGUAGAAGGACCUUCCCAGCAGCACAGUUCGAGGAGAUAAAAUGAGACCUUCAGUCGUCCUUUUUCUCAUCGCCGUCUCCACGGGGUUGGCCGGGUGUAUUCCCAUGAAGACGUUGGUAUUCCCCACUCAGACAAGCACCAGUUAUGUCGAGAUGAUUCCUCAGAAGCCGUUGAACCUGACUGCGUUCACUCUGUGCAUGCGCGUGGCCACGGAGCUCAGCGGCAAGCGAGAGGUCAUCCUGUUUGCGUACCGGACUACAAACAAUGAUGAGCUGAAUGUGUGGCGUGAACUGGAUGGAAGACUGUCCUUUUACCUGGCUGGAGCUGGUGUUUUAUUUAAAGUCCCUGAGCUCGGCGCCCUGCAGACCCACCUGUGUGUCACCUGGGAUUCCAGUUCAGGUUUAGCUGCACUCUUCAUGGAUGGAAAGAGGAGCUUAUCCAAAAUCUACAGGAAGGGUCACACUGUCAGCCCAGGAGGCAGGGUCAUCCUGGGACAAGAUGCAGAUUCAUACCUGGGUGGUUUUGAUGAUCAGCAGAGUUUUGUUGGAGAGAUCUAUGACGUGAACAUGUGGGACACUGUUCUGUCAGAUAGAAGGAUCAAGUGCCUGUUUGCAGGGAACAGAGAACCAAGAGGGAACGUUUUUGACUGGAACACUACAGAGCUGAGAAUUAAUGGGGAUGCAGAGGUCGCCAUUCGUGAGCGGUAGCUCUAAUGUUCACCCAGUGAAUGUCCCCCCAUACUGCUGUAUGAAAUAAAGAUGACUUAU